GUUUAAAUGAAAUGAAAGCCACUUCCUCCUCCAUCUUCUUGAGCCGACGGAGCGGUUUCCAGUUGAGGCCAAACUCACAACCGGACGUUUCCCAUCUCCGGCGAUGGAGAACUUCAGAUCCAAGUCAUACAGGGACGGAAGGAUGCAGAUGGACGGCGGUGACGGGCCAGCUCCGACCGGCAUGCAUGAUCUGAGGAGUUACAGUUACAGUAGUUCUUACGCCUCAUCUGUACAGCCGCCGGAGCCGGUGCCGGUUCAGAUCAAGAAAGGGAGGAACAGCGGCGUCGGAUCCGCAUCGAAGAGCUGGAGUUUCAGCGAUCCGGAGUUGCAGAGGAAGAAGAGGGUUGCGAGCUACAAGGUGUACUCAGUGGAGGGCAAGAUGAAGGGGUCUUUGAGGAAGGGUUUCAAAUGGGUGAAAGAAACCUGCAACCAAGUCGUCUAUGGCUGGCGGUGAUUCGUCCUUUUUUCCUUGCUUAUAGUAAAGUUGCUCGAAAGACAUGAGUUGGAAUUGUUAAGAAGACGGUCUUAACAGUAAGACCGCAUAGAAAGAAAGCGAGGAGUUUCGUUUCGUGCAUUUGGAUGGAAGGUAGGUAUUUAUUUUGCUAUUUUCUUGGUGGUCAUGCUGUUCAUGUCUGUCUCUGUCUCUCUGUGUUUGGGACUUUUGAGAAAUUUUCUUCCCUUUUUCCGCGGGUAAAAGGAGAGAAAAUUCUGAGAAAUUUUCAUGUUUUCUGAUUUGAUAUAUUUUGUCUGGUUCUUCUGAGGGGCUCUGUGAUUUGUGUAAGUAUUAGAUUAUAAAUUGAAGGAAAUUGGAGUUUUGAUUUGGUGA